AUGGAUACACACCGAGAGAGUUUCAUCUCUUCCCGAGUCGCGAUUGAGGUGCCCAGGACGGAGGCCCAAAAUUUCACCCUUAAUGUUGUAAUGGUAGUGGUCUCUCUCCUGUCGAUGUUGGGCUCGGUAUGGAUCAUUCUCAGCUUUGCGUGCUUCAAGAGUCUACGAAGCUUCCGCCACGAACUGAUCCUAGGGCUUGCAGUGAGUACUGGCCUCAUGGCCCUCAACAUCCUUUCAUCCGCCUGUAUGAAGCUUGCUGGAAAUUCCAUCGGCCAACCGAGUCGGGCCAAGUACUGCAGUUUCAACGGAUUCGUAACCCAGGCCUUCGUAUUCGUGAUCGCUAUUUGCUCGUACUUUAUUCUCGUCGACUGCAGACGUGCGGUCGCCUGGGUCCAUAAACACUCCUGGUUCAUGUUUUUGAUUCCCUGGAUUCUCAGCUGUACCCAGGCGAUCAUCGAACUGGUCGUCGUGGGGUACGGUGAUAUCGGCGUUUGGUGCUGGUUCACCUCGGACAAAACGCGACUUUUCGUCAACUACAUCCCUCGAUGGCUGAUAAUCAUGGCCAUGCUCGCUAUGUACACCCACCUAUAUUUUUUCUUUCGUAAAGCCCACAACAGCUGCGUGGAUUGGGAUGUCCAUUCGAGAGGCGCCGCUGGUAACCUCGACCCGCGGGUUUCUGGAAACGAGGCUCAAAGCAAACAGAAGCUCAAGAAACUUGCUCGACUCAUGCUCAUAUAUCCCUUCGCCUACAUCCUCAUCUGGAUCCUGCCGACGGGGAUCCGCAUCUACCAAGCCACCAAAGAGAUUCCCGCGCCGUUCGCGCUGCAGACGUUGGAUAAGUCGUGUAUCGUGAUCCAGGGGUUCAUCGAUGCCGUUAUAUAUGGCGUUACCGAGACGUCGCUCAGCAGUUGGAAAAACCUGAUCUUCCCAGACAAGUUCCCCUUCGUCCUCGAGAUCACGUGCCCGACGGCGGCCGUGAAUGAGCUGCCCCGGAUGCCAAGAGCAAGGCUGAACAGCGACAGCGACAAGGGGUUGGGGAGUUCCAUGCGUGAGAGCACAAUCUCUUCCUUUGGCGGAGUCGAGCCGAGGGAUCUGGAGCAGGGAGAGAUUAUAUCCCAUACAGCAAUUUAA